UUAUAUGGGUGAAUUAUAUUGAACAUAAGUAAGUAUACAUUUAUGUAAGUGAAUCGCAGCGAUUCAGCGCCAUUUUGCGUAACAACUAGAGAGGAACGUCCGACGAAGCAACUAAGAACUGAAGAAAUGUCGGCUUUAAAAACUGUUUUCCAAGGAUUUACAAGAUCUUUCAUGACCACCGCUUCGCGGAAAAGUCAUGGACCAGAAGGUUUUCCCGGUGCUAACCUUCCCCUCCCAAUUGGAAACAGAUACGUGGUAACAGCAAUUUUCAUUGCUUUCUUUGGAAGUGGAUUGUCUGUACCUUACCUCAUUCUUCGUCAUCAAUUGCUGAAAUGAAGUGUAUGUUACAAUAUUAAUAUUAGCACAUUAUUCUACAAUUGUUGCACAGAAUGUAACAUGUAAUAUAGGUAUUUAUAAUAAAAC